AUGGACUUAAACACCUUGGAAUUAUGUUAUAGUGUUCAAAGAAUAAAAUUCAGAAUAAUUGUAUUAUUAUAUUGCAUUCUCGGCAAAUAGUAAACUUCUAAUUUAUUGGGGCAAAUUUUCAGUUAAUCUAUGGAGUUUAUAUAUUCUAAAAUUACCGAUAAGAAUAAUUUUUAUUUAAAGUUAAGAUCUUGUGUUUUUUCAUCAGAUUCAACUAAAUUGUUAUUAGUCUUUUAUUUGUUUACCAGAUAUAAAUUAGAAAUAUUUAAUUAUUCACCUGAAUUCUCAUUUCUAAACAAAUUUAGUAUUGGAAUGUACUAUUAGGAACUAAAGAUGAAUAAAUACUUUUGUGGAAUGAUGGAUUUUUGA